AUUUGGCAUAACCUCGCGCAACUAUCACAGCACAGGCAACCCUGAGGCCCAGACCUGAUCUCGCCGGCGGCGAGCUUGUGUCCAUGGCUGACGGGGCCGAGAUGGACGAAGAGGCUAUGCGGGCCUUCUUCCCGCUCUCCUUCGGAAAGGCGGCUCCGCGGCCCAGCUCUGCUACCUCCUCCGCCCACUCCAACACCCUUCGCAAGCCUCAAAACCCUAGUAACCCCAAGCCUUCCGCCUCUACCGCCGCGGACGACGAUGGGGCCGCUAUGAUUGGUCCUCCUCGCCCGCCGCCGGCGCCCGCGGGGGAGGAAGACGAUGAGGACGGCGGCGGUAUCAUGAUCGGGCCGCCUCGGCCACCGCCGCCCUCCGCUCGCGGCGAGGGGGACGACGGCGACGGCAUGAUUGGGCCGCCUAGGCCGCCGCCAGCGGAUGAUGAAGACGUCGAUGAUGAUGAGGACGACGACGAGGAGGAGAUGGAGGAUGAUGGGGAGGGUGGAUUCAAUCGGAUCCCUCUUAGCAACGAAAUUGUUCUGCGGGGGCACAAUAAGGUUGUCUCUGCCCUUGCUGUUGACCAUACAGGAUCCAGAGUGCUCUCUGGUAGCUAUGAUUAUACAGUGCGUAUGUACGACUUCCAGGGUAUGAAUUCAAAGCUUCAGUCAUUCAGACAAUUGGAACCAUUUGAGGGCCAUCAAGUUCGUAGCCUAAGUUGGAGUCCAACGUCUGAUCGAUUCUUAUGUGUUACUGGUUCAGCUCAGGCCAAGAUUUACGACAGGGAUGGACUUACACUAGGCGAGUUUGUUAAGGGUGAUAUGUAUAUUCGUGAUCUGAAGAAUACAAAAGGUCACAUCUCUGGGCUUACAGGUGGUGAGUGGAAUCCAAAGUCAAAAGAAACCAUUUUGACAUCAUCUGAAGAUGGCUCCAUGCGUCUCUGGGAUGUGUCUGAUUUUACAAGUCAGAAGCAGGUCAUCAAACCUAAGCUGGUACGACCAAUGCGGAUUCCUGUUACAUCAUGUGCAUGGGACCAUGAAGGGAAACGAAUUGUGGGUGGCAUAGGGGAUGGUUCUAUACAGGUCUGGACCAUAAAAGCUGGAUGGGGUAGCAGACCAGAUAUCCACGUUGAGAAAACACACACAGAGGAUAUUACUGGGGUUAAGUUCUCAACAGAUGGACAGAGCCUUCUGUCAAGAAGUAUGGAUAGUACUCUUAAGAUAUGGGAUUUGAGAAGAAUGAAAACUCCUUUGAAAGUAUUUGAAGAUCUGCCAAAUCACUACGCUGAGACAAAUGCAGCAUUUAGCUCAGAUGAGCAGCUUAUUUUUACAGGAACAUCUAUUGAAAAAGAUGGUGACAAUGGGGGAUUACUUUGUUUCUUUGAUAGAAAGAAACUUGAGCUUGUAUCAAGGGUGGGAAUUUCAGCACAUUACAGUGUGAUAAGGUGCCUCUGGCAUCCAAGAAUCAACCAGGUGUUUGCAACAGUUGGAGACAAGAAAGAAGGUGGGACUCAUAUCCUGUACGAUCCUUCUAUUAGUCAAAGGGGAGCUCUUGUAUGUGUUGGACGAGCACCAAGGAAAAAGUCUGUUGAUGAUUUUGAGGUGCAACCUGUCAUACACAAUCCACAUGCAUUGCCACUUUUCAGAGAUCAACCAAGUCGUAAGCGUCAAAGAGAGAAGAUACUGAAAGACCCACUCAAAUCCCACAAACCAGAAGCACCUGUUAAUGGUCCAGGUUUUGGUGGAAGAGUUGGUACUACAAAAGGCAGUUUGCUGACACAGUAUCUCUUGAAGGAAGGUGGUUUAAUUAAGGAGACCUGGAUGGAUGAAGAUCCAAGAGAAGCCAUUUUGAAGUAUGCUGAUGCUGCGGAGAAAGACCCAAAGUUUAUUGCGCCAGCUUAUUCCCAAACCCAGCCGAAACCUGUUUUUGCGGAGUCUGAUUCAGACAAUGAAGAGAAAUAACCAUGCGCCUGGUUACCUAAGCUAGCAUGCACCUGCAUUCUGUUUUCUGACAGAUGUCUCUUGAUGAGCUUGUUGCACAUGCCCUGUAACCUGCUUUUCAACAGUGGAGAAACAAAAGAGCAUCUUCAAGGGUCUUGAUGAUAGGAGCUCUGCCCCUUCAUUACAGAUGGAUAUGAUUAGUAUCUACGACACUUCAGCACUAGAGCUCUAUGAUUUGUUGGAUGUUGUACCCACUGUAUGUACUUAGUCCUGAAACAGUGGCCAAUCUAUAUUAUACUCUGUUCUUUCUUUUUUAUUUGUCGCGGUCUAGUUUAAAAAUGAACUAGCGGGCGACAAAUAUUCAAGAACGGAGGUAGUAUAUGAGGUAGUAUAUGACUUAGACGUAACUUUAGUGCACCGAAUGUAGUCAACCUUUGUUUGCUUUGGAGAAUGAGGAUUUGUUGUUC